UUUAAAGGCGAAUCAAAAGCCUAAAUACUUGUCCACACGAUAAAACAUCCUCAAACAAACACAAAAACAUUAAAAUUCAACAAGAAAAAAAUCUCAAGUGCUCAAAAACCCGAAAAAAGUGAAGCUCUUUGUGCUUGUUCGCAUAUUUGGACAAUAAAUUACACUUUUAGCUUAAAUUACGAUAAAAAUCUACAUGAAACAGAUGUGAAUUCCGUGUUAGAGUGAAUGUAAAAGCAGAAGCUGGGCACGAGAGAAAAAUUCUGACGACAACAUCGACGAUGCUGAAUGCACCUGCUGCUUCCAAAAAUACAGCAUAUCAUUAAGACGAGGCACGUUUGCAUGCAUAACAAUGCAAAAAUAACAUACAUGAGUGCAUAACAACAAACAACGCCAACAAUUGUUUACACACAUUCACAUUUCCUGUGCCCUGCUCUCUUUUUUUUUUGGUUUUUCUUUUGUCUUCUCCAUCAUCGACAUCAUAAUCAGUAUCCAAGCAUUGGAAUUUCCGAGACGAUGUCAGUUUUUGCACACGCAAACAUCUAAACCAGCAAUUUAUUUGAAAGACGAAAUAAUCAAUUAAAGAUGAUCCAAAGUGACGCAAAUCCCGACACAGAAUGGCUCGAGACGCUGUUACGCGACGUGCAAUUAGAGCAAUUUUUGACACGCAUCCGAGAUGAGCUCCAAAUCACUCGUUUGGCACAUUUUGACUACGUUCACAGCAACGAUUUGGAGAAAAUUGGUUUAGGAAAGCCCGCUAUUCGACGAUUGCUUGAAGCAGUUCGCAAGAAACAUCGACAACAAUGGCGCAAAAAUAUUCUGUCGAAGCUCAUUGGGGGCGGGAAGCAACAACCUGUGAAAAAAGCAACACAAGUCGCAUCACAACCAGCAUCAAAUCAGGAUUCAGCACUGACUUUGACGUGUCUCAUCCACGAAAAAGACGUAAUUUUAGGUCAAAAAUUGGGCGAUGGGUCUUUUGGCGUGGUUCGACGUGCAGAUUGGCAUGCGCCGGGCAACAAAACGAUCGCUGUCGCUGUAAAAAUCUUAAAACAAGAUACUUUAUCGCAGCCUGGCGUGAUGGAAGACUUCUUUAAAGAGGUUCAAGCGAUGCAUACACUCGAUCAUCCGAAUCUCGUGCGACUUUACGGCGUCGUUUUGGGUCAACCGAUGAUGAUGGUGACUGAAUUAGCACAAAAUGGGUCCCUUUUGGAUUUGUUACGGAAACAAAAUAAACGGACAAGUCUCCCGAACAUCUGGAAAUGGUCGUUGCAGAUCGCCACAGGCAUGGAAUAUCUCGAAACGAAGCGAUUUUUGCACAGAGAUUUGGCAUGUAGGAAUGUUUUGAUUGCUGCCGGAGACAAAAUUAAAAUUGGGGAUUUUGGAUUGAUGCGAGCUUUGCCGCAGGAAGAGGAUUGUUACGUGAUGACGGAACAUAAGAAGGUCCCGUUUCCAUGGUGUGCCCCGGAAUCGUUGCGUUUUCGGCAAUUUAGUCAUGCUUCGGAUACGUGGAUGUUUGGCGUGACGCUUUGGGAAAUGUUCACUUUUGGCGAAGAACCGUGGAUUGGGCUGAAUGGAUCGCAAAUUUUGAGGAAAACGGAUAGAGAAGGAGAAAGGUUGCAUCAUCCGGAUGCUUGUCCGCCAGAUGUUUAUCAACUGAUGUUGCAAUGUUGGGAUAAAGUGCCUCAAGAACGGCCUACGUUUGCUGCGAUCAAACAAUUCCUAUCUGGUGCAAUGCCAACUGUCUUGCAUGCCGUUGUUGACUACACUGAACCAAAUCGUCUCAUCAUGAACGUAAAUGAUGCUAUUGCCAUAAUUGAUGAUCGACCCGAACUGCCCUUCAUAAAAGGACAAAAUUUGGCAACUUACGAGAUUGGAACUUUUCCACGGCAUUGCGUUGAACAACCAUCAUCGACGAGCAAUAAACGAGCAGGAAUCAGUCGACCUCUGCAAGAAUCCUUCCGUCAUACGGGACACGGUUCAGCUUUCGGAAAAUGUUGGGGAAAUCCUUCAGCACUCGACCCGCAAUAUUUAGCUAACAAAAUAACGGGCGAAGGAGUUCAGCUACGAAGCAAAACUCUCGGCAGCAUUCAACACGAUCGAAAAGGAAAAUGCACGUCGGAGCAAUAUGUCAAAGAACGCAGAUUAACGGCACACAAACAAUUCGCCUACAACAAACUCAAAAACGAUCAAGCGAAAAUGCAACAAAAUGUCAGUCCGUCACACGGAAAUGCCAAACAAAAACCCGAAAGACCUCCGAUGCCGAAUAUUGCCAAAACGGAAGAAGGAGUUUUGAUUGAUUUGUCGCCGGAAGAAAGUUCAGCAUUGAGAAAUCUCAAUCAAAAUGCGAAUAAAGCGAAUGUUUGUAUCUUAGAUGAGCCCAUUGACGUUCCCACGCAAGGCACAACAAGUCGAGAUUUUGUUGCGGAGUCAGAAUCUGCAUGGGAAGUUGCCGAUCAAUCGACUCAGCGACGACCUCCGCCAUAUCAGUUUCCGCCAACGUACUCGAAUACGAUGGGAUUGCCACAAAAUUUGCCGCAAGAAGAAAAUGAUCCGUUCAACACGUCGCAUAUCAGUCCAAAUAUGAAUCAGAUUUACGGAAAUUCGGGAUUUCCUGCGCGUCACAUGUCAUUGGGGAGUAUUCAAGGGGACAUUUAUGAAAAUCGAGAGGCGAUUCAGCAGCAGCAGCAACAACAUAGUAUGAUGGGACAGGCUCCCAGAAAUAAUUAUGGAAUGAUUCAGAUGAAACAAUCAACCAGCAUCGAAUUCGAUCAAAUCGCCCAUCGAACGAGUCCCUCGAAGAACUACCAAUCGAUGACAAAUGACUUCAAUACUCAAUCAAUUACCUCACUGACUUCCACAGACUCUGGCGUAGUCUCGCAAAGUACAGUGAACGACGAAUCAAUUAGUGAAUCUCUCACAGUUAACUUAAGCAACAUGAAUCUCGAUGACUCGAACAUCAGCUCAUCAACAACAGCUGCGCAACACGGAACUCCCAAAAAGCUGGACAAAACAUUUUUAGCCGAACUCGAAAAAGAUAUUUACAAAAAUCAAGCAACGAACGUGAAUGACUUCCAAACGGCUUACGGGCACAAAGAGGCAACUGUCAACCAAAUUUCAUCCGUUUUACAAAGCAAACAAUACGAAAGCACGCGAAACAUGAAUUUGAACAAUUAUUCGCCGCAAAAGAUGCAAAACGUCCCGAACGACAAAAAUUUGAUGCAAUCUCGCAAUAAUUACGAAGCUUUUGUGUGCAAAGGAAAUAAUUCACCGAAUGUCUCGCGAAACUUGCAAAAUUCCAAUGAUUGGUCCACGAUGAGUCCAAAUAACAUUUACGGCAAUAAUUCUGUGUUGACAGAGCAAAAUCUCCUCACAAUUUCGACAAUUUCUUCCGUGACGACGUCAACGACGGCACAAUAUCCGCAAUACGGAGCGACGCCGGGAGGAAAUGUUUACAGCAGCGUUGCGGGCGAUUUGUAUGGAAGUGUUGCCGGAGACUUUUAUGAGCAAGUUGCGGAGACCCCGGCGAAUAUUUAUUCGAAUUACGGAGCAAUUCCGAGGCCAAAAAGUAACAUUCAUCAAGCGAAUAGUUGCAGUGCGAUCGAUUUGAGUAACACAAGUCGCGAACUGGGUGCUUUGUAUGACGAAGUUGCUCAUGAUGCGGUUGAUAGUCUUGUGCCGCAUCGAUCAGCUCCCUUGCCUCCGCCAACGACGGGAACAUUGUCGCAUCAACAAAUUCAAAGGAGACUUGAAAAAAUGGCGAUGCAAAAGCAACAAGUGACAGCACUGAUGCAAGAAUUGGGCGAAGAAGCUUCAGAUGCGGAGGCGAGAUUAGCACUGGAAGCUGUCAAUUGGGAUCAUAAUGCUGCAAUAAGACACUUUAAAGUUGAGAGACUCUUCAGAUUGGGAGUCGCAACUCGUGAAAAGUGCCAAGAAGCUCUUCUAAAAACCGGUUGGAGUGUUGAGGUUGCCGCAUCAAUACUAUUAGAGACUUAGAAAAUUAAUUUUAGUGAAUGUAUUAAAUAAAUUUUAGUUAAAUUAAUUGAAUGAACAUAAUCAACAAAACUACUCGAAUUACUACAAAACUCUUAUUUAACGAAAAAAAGUAUUAAAAUAAAAUAUAAAUUAAUUAUUUAACCAAAACGACG